CGGUGCAGAGGCGUCUCCCCGCGAAGGAUCGGCGCGCUCAGCUUUCCAGAACGAAGGGUGGUGACGGCGGCUGUGCUUGGGAGGGAACCGUUGCUUUUCUGAGUCGCUCUCUUCCAGGCUCUGUCCGGUGGUCGACAUGGCCCGUGGAAAUCAAAGAGAACUUGCUCGCCAGAAAAACAUGAAGAAAACCCAGGAGAUUAGCAAGGGAAAAAGAAAAGAGGAUAGCUUGACUACCUCUCAGAGAAAGCAGAGGGAUUCUGAGAUCAUGCAACAAAAACAGAAGGCAGCUAAUGAGAAGAAGUCUAUGCAGACAAGAGAAAAAUGAUGACUGGCUAAUUUGGAAAACCUGGGUGCUACUGCCAGCUAGGUGUAUCAUACGCUCUAAGAUCAAGAUUUUGUAGUGUGAAGAGUCAUUACAUAUGUUAUAACUUAUCCUUAUAAAACGGUCUAUUUAAACUUUACCUUUCAGCCUGACUUCGUGUAAUGUUUUAGAACCAUUCUUUGAAAAAUAAAACACUAACCAUGCAUAUAACACAUUGGUGAACAUUAUUUUUUAUCAGCAGUGAACAUUUAUAUCAUUUAUUAGGUAGAUAACAUGAUGAGGUAAGAUCUCUUACAUAAAUCUAGAGUCUUUGU